CACACAGUCUCUAACUUUACGAGCACGCUCUCCUGCAGUACCCAUGGCCUUUCGUUGACCAUGGUCACAACCUCGGGCUUCACACACGCUCCCGUGUCUCGCUUCUUAAUCCUGGGGUCGAUCGCCACCAGCGUCCUCACCUCCAUCCUCGACAUCAAACACCUCCUCCCCAUCAAGCCGACACCUCAUCUCUGGCCGUACCUCCAAUUCUCUCGGCUGCUCACCUUCCAACUAUCCUACACAUCCUCGACCGAACUGCUCUUCUCGACGGCCCUCUUCUACCACUUCCGCGUGCUCGAGCGUCUCUGGGGCAGCCGCAAGUAUGCCAGCUUUGUAGCCGUCGUCUUCUUCUUGAACAUCCUCCUCCUUCCCACAAUCACCCUCGUCCUGAAAGCCGCGAGUCUGGGCGUGUACAACUACAUCCCCGCGGGCCUCGCGACCGUCGCGUUUGCCGCCUUGAGUGCCUGGAGAGACGAGAUCCCCCGGCUGUACCGGUACAAGAUCGUCACCUCCACAGGCACAAGCACAGGCACAGGGCCAGACGGACAACAGGUCCCCGGCAUUGUGUUCAGUGACAAAUCGACGACCUAUCUUCUCGCGGCGCAGUUGGCGCUGAGUCAGUUCCCCUAUCAAGUGCUCCCUGCGGCUGUUGGGUGGACGAUCGGGAGUGCAUGGAUGGGCGAGUUGUUGCCUGGCGGGCUGGGCCGGUGGAGGAUACCGAGCUGGAUAGUCGGCGAGACGAGCAAGCGCAAAGAACGGGGCCAGUAUGAAGGGUUAAGAAGACGGCUGGAAGAGGAGGGCAGUUCGGCGGACGGUAUGAGGAACGUUAGUGAUAACGUCGACAGGGUGGAGGGGUCGGGUCGGAGAGGGUUUGGAAGGCAGAUUCUGGGGUAUUUCACAGGUUCAUGACGACUUGUGUCAAGACAAGAAGUCCAAGAAGAAGAUUCAAGAUCGGUAGCUACCUUGCUGCGUUGACAGCUCAACGUAGCAGGCCGAAGGAUCAGUAUAUAUUGAUACAGCAGUGUAUGACAAUUUGGUCCAGCCAGUGGUGAUUGUAA